AUGCCCCAAUGGGGAAGACCACCAGGGGCACGAAUGGGGAGGAGCUUCAGGAGUAGCAGGGGUCGGUGGGAUGAAGUGCGGGUGGACGAAAUUGAAAGUGAGGACAGUGAUAUAGAGGGAGUGCCCUUACAUCCAAGAGCGAUUCGCAACCGGCGGCUCCGUUCGAACGAGCUAAUGGAUGUAGCGAACGGAGAGUCCAGCGAGAGUGACGAUGAAAGUUCUGACGACGAACAUAACGAUUAUGUGCUGGACGAUACUUCUCAGGACAGCACUCUUGCCUAUGCCAUGGAGCUUGCAAUGCGAGAUCGAGAAGAAGAGCUUGUAGAGAGGGCAUUAGAUCGAAUCCGACGUGCACAGGUAUUGGGAAAACGCAAAGUUAGGCUCUCUUCACGUGAACUAGAGGCAUUGGAAAGACGACGAAUGCACAGUGAGGCAGCAACUUCGAGCUUGCGGCGCACCAAAACUAGCCGGGUCAAGGUGAAGAACAUCCAUCCGUCAACCGUGCCAACCUCUAGACUCAACACACUUUGGGCACCCGAAUCGGGAUACACUUCUGCGGUUGAAACUCCCUCGGGAUACUACGUGUCAGCGUCGUCGACAACACAGCCUCGCCCUAUAACGCCAACAUUACCUUCACUGCGCUUAUCUCAACAGAAUGGCUCACCGCGAGUACCUGGCGCAUACGCAUUCCCGGAUGACCCAUCUAGUCGCCCGGCAUCAUCGGGAAGACUCCAGCCUCCGCUUCUAUCAGAGGAGCCACAGCGUGUGCAGCGUUCAAGGUCUUCAUCCAACGCCGCUCCCUUCGUAUCCCCCACCUACCAAUACCUCCCUACACAAGUAUUGCCAUUCGAUCCACGGUAUCCCAUGCCUGCAAGCCCCGGCUAUAAUCUUUCCACACCACCCGAAACCAUAUUUCAACCUGUCUAUCGACCUGCAUCCGGAGAAUCCUAUGCGAACCGUACUGUAUCGAAUCAUGACAACUCGCCGCAGCCAGCUGCCACUACUGGCAAACCAACCCAGCAACGCACAGUCAGCGGGAGCACUAAUAAUACAACCAGUAGUAGCGACAAUGGUGUGAAAGUUGACCCGCUGAAAGAGGCCAAAGAGCCAGCAAAGAGUAAGGCUCGAAAAACAACCGGUACGGUUAGAGGGAGGAUGGUUCGCGUGCGUACCCGCAAAUAA